AAAUUAACUAUACAAAACCAAUAGUAGAGCAAGUCUAACCACAAAUUUCGCCACUUGGAGCAUACUUCUGAUCAAAUUGUUGCACUUCCACAAAUUCUGAUGGGAAACGUCACUCGGUUCAUUCUGGCUCUUAUGAUGGUGAUGCUGUUACCUCAUUUUGUGGUUUCAUUCUCUAUCAAAACAACAACCAAUAUCAACACAGAUCAGUCAGCUCUUUUGGCACUAAAAGCCUAUAUUGUUAGCGAUCCUCAAAAGAUGUUGAAAACCAAUUGGUCUACUGCUACCUCAGUUUGUAAUUGGAUUGGUGUCACUUGCGGAUCCCGACACCAAAGAGUCAUAGCUCUUAAUCUUUCCAGCAUGCUUCUCACUGGCACUAUACCAUCUCAAAUUGGGAAUCUAUCUUUUCUUACCUCACUUGACCUGAUGAACAACUCUUUUUAUGGCUCUUUACCGGAUCAGUUUACUAAUUUGCAUCGAUUGAAACAUAUAGACUUAUCUUGGAACAAUUUCUGCGGAGAAAUCCCAUAUUCCUUCCCUAAACUUCAAUACUUGUCUUUGAGAAAUAACAUUUUUGCAGGUGAAAUCCGAUCAGAUAUGUUUGAACAUCUACCUAGAUUGCAAGUGCUUUCCUUGACCCUCAACAAGCUCUCUUCGGAAAUUCCAAUGGGUUUAUUCAAGUGCAAAGAAUUACAGGUUAUAGAUUUCGGAUAUAAUAGGAUGAUGGGAGGGAUUCUACCAAAAGAAAUAGGAAACUUGACAAUGCUUAGGAUUCUACGUCUUGGCGGCAACAUGUUCGAAGGUGUAAUUCCAUACCAAAUCGGAGAUCUUCUCAAUUUGGAAGAAUUAAGCCUUUGUAACACUUUGUUAAAAGGGCACAUUCCUCCAUCCAUCAGUAAUUUAACACGUUUGACAAUUCUCGAUUUAUCCACAAAUUCUUUAACAGGUGUAAUCCCACAUCAAAUUGGGAAUCUUCUCAAUUUGGAAGAAUUAAUCCUUUAUUCCAAUAUGCUAAAAGGGCCUCUUCCGUCAUUCAUUAGUAAUCUAACACGUUUGACAACUUUCGAUUUAUCACAUAAUUCUCUAUCAGGUCAAAUCCCAUCAGGCUUGUUUGAACGUCUACCUAAAUUGCAAAGGCUUGACUUGGGUGGGAACAAACUCUCUGGAAAAAUUCCAUUGGGUUUAUUCAACUGCAAAGAGUUGCAGAGUUUAAUUUUAGAUAGUAAUAGAUUGGAAGAGAUUCUACCAAAAGAAAUAGGAAACUUGACAAUGUCAAUGCUUGAGGCUCUAGAUCUCCACAACAACCUGUUGAAAGGUAAAAGGAAAACAGGUGGAUGCUAUUUUAGUUAAAGUACGCUUUUUGGUGACAAAAUUUGAAGAGGAAAUAAGAAUGUUUAAAGAU